CUAAUUCGGCUAAUAAAAUGCCUAACAAGACGCUCAAGUUUUUGCCUAACCAAGAGCCUGCGAAUAACCAACAUAAUUCUCUCUCUCUCUCUCUCUCUCUCUCUCUCUCUCUCUCUCUCUCUCUCAUAUUGCAGGUCACCGUAGCAGGGAGUCCGUAACAUGUUUGGCAUUGGAGCUUUCUGCAAAGCUAUAAGAUCACUCAUCUCGAAGCGGCAUCCUGAGAAGAAUUCAUCUCCUAACAAAAGCAUACCAGAAAUUGAAGAUACAUUCAAAUCCGUUGACCUAACACACAAGGCCUUGAAUGACAAAGAACAUGAAGGAAAAGCCAUGAACGGGGUCCAUAAUGUCGAAUACAAUGUUGACGGGACACAGGGUGAUGAAUUUGCAUCCUGUAGAGGUCUCUUCAAGAAUCGUAGCAUUGGGAAUUACGUUACGUCCGUGCCUUCUUCCUCGUUAAGGAGCUCAUCAGGCCGUAAGUCUCUCUCAAGAAAUCCUUCCCUUUCUAGAAACCCUUGUCUAUCAAGAAGUGCAAGCCAGAGGAGCCGAACGCUAACCCCAGCGUCGGUCGCUAAUGGUUUCUUGAGAAGUAUGAGCCGAAAAAACGAGGAUCAUAGAAGUGAAGAAGAUUCUCUCUCUAGGAGUUCAAGCUGGAAGGGUUUCGCAAAUGCAUCCCCGGCAGGAGGUUCUCUCUCUAAGAGUACAAGCCGAAAGAGCUCUACACCCAUCAUGUAUUCUAACUCGAACGGUUUAAUGAAACCUCCGCCUAUUGAACAAACCCUCGAAUGCACGCUUGAGGAGUUGUGUUUCGGCUGCACCAAGAGGAUCGUCAUCACAAGAGAUGUCGUGACAAAUGAUGGGAAAAUAGUAGAAGAGGAGGAAACGCUAACCAUCAAAGUGAAGCCAGGAUGGAGGAAAGGAACGAAAAUCACAUUCGAAGGAUUGGGGAAGGAGACACCGGGAAUUGAUCGGGCUGACAUAAUCUUCGUGAUUGCAGAAAAAAGGCACCCCUUGUUUCGGAGAGAUGGCGACGAUUUAGAGCUGGCAAUAGAAGUACCUCUUGUAAAAUCUCUAACUGGUUGCACAAUUUCAGUCCCUUUAUUAGGCGGGGAGAAGAUGAGCUUGACAUUUGAGGACAUCAUUCAACCUGGCUAUGAAAAGAUCAUUUCAGGUCAGGGAAUGCCCAAGUCAAUAGAGCAAGGAAACAGAGGAAACUUAAGAAUACAAUUCCUAGUUCAGUUUCCAGCAGAAUUGACUGACGUACAAAAAGCCACUGUUUUGAGUAUAUUGAAAGAUUCUUGUUGAUCAUUGUAUGUGUGAUCCGUUAGGUCGUUUUUCUACCAGUAAUGCAACAUGCAGAGGAAACGUGGUCAGUGGAGGCCCAAUACUAAUGAAAGACAGUAGGCCUGGUAAACCUAGAACACCACUAUCUCAAACAGUAAUAUGACAAAUGUAACAUAUUCUUGCUUUGUUCAAACCGUAGACUUAGACAAACCUGUUCUAGCUUUGUUCAAGUACAGACUUAGACAAACCCACUCUUGCUUUGUUCGACUAUAGACUUAGAGUGACUGUGUUCGGUUUGGGGUCUCUAGACUCAACCCCUCUUUCACCGCACGGUCUUCAACAAGUUUUAUCCUCAAUUAUUACUCUCAUUUUUCUAUCUAUCUCUCCAUUCAUUAUCCCAAAAACCUUCCUCAAAAUCCAAACCAAACAAAGAUGUCUUGGCACAAGUACAUUGGGAAAGGGAAUUCGCUUAAGUGAAAUAGAAGCUCAAGAAAGUACCAAAACAAAGACAAACCCACUCUUGCUUUUAUCAACUACAGACUUAGACAAAUCCACUCUUACUUUGUUCAAAACUAACCAU